UGCUGAAACCAGGUGGGCUUGGCAGCUGCCAUAGCUUAACUAUACCUUCUCUAGAAUGGCUAUACCACCAUUUUCGGGUAGCAAUUUCAUUUCCGCUGUAGCUUUACCUGUACCUGUUCGUCCCUUCUCUCUCACCAUUUUUGGGGUUUUAGGCUUUGAUUUCUCUGUCUGCCUGAUACCAUACCUUCCGAUGCAUUAAGUUCCUAUUCGUAUGUAUGGUCUUUGCUAUGCAUUCACUCUGAUAUGUAUCGCAGUCUCGGCGUUAACCGCCUCAUAUUCCGCAGUCGCAUAGUUUACUACGUGAAAACUGGUCUAAUCGAUCAAGCUCUCCAAGUGUUCGACGAAAUGACCCGCUCCGAUUGCCGCAUAUUUAGCAUUGACUACAAUCGCUUCAUCGGCGUAUUGGUCCGCCAUUCGCGUUACGAUCUCGCCGAGCACUACUACUACGAAAUGGUGCCACAGGGCUUCUCUUUAAGCGCAUUUACUUACUCUAGGUUCAUUUCUGGGCUGUGCAAGAUCAGAAAUUUCACUCUCAUUGAAAAACUUAUUCGAGACAUGGAUAGGCUUGGGGCUGUGCCUGACAUUUGGGCUUUCAAUAUAUAUUUGAAUCUUCUGUGCCAAGAAAACAGGGCACAUUUUGCUCUGGAAGUGUUCCAUAGGAUGGUUGAUAAAGGAAGAGAGCCUGAUGUUGUAUCAUAUACUAUACUUAUUGAUGGGUUGUGUAAAGCUAGACAAUUUGAUAAGGCAGUUGAUAUUUGGACUAGUAUGAUUAGGAAAGGGUUCAAGCCCGAUAAUAUUGCGUGUACAGCGCUUGUUGUUGGAUUGUGUGAUGGUGGGAAGGUUGAUUUGGCAUAUAACCUUGUAAUAGGUGAAAUGAAGGGUCAAGUCAAGUUUAGUAAUUUGAUGUAUAAUACGUUGAUUAAUGGGUUUUGUCGAGCUGGUAGAAUUGAUAAGGCACAGGCAAUCAAGUCAUUUAUGAAGAGGAAUGGGUGCGAGUCGGAUUUGGUUACUCACAAUGUGUUAUUGAAAUAUUGUUGUAAUGAGUUCAUGUUAGAGGAGGCUGAGAAGUUGAUGAAGAAAAUGGAGAGGAGUGGUAUGGAACCUGACGUGUAUAGUUACAAUCAGCUUCUCAAGGGCCUUUGUCAAGCUAAUAGAGCGGAUAAGGCAUAUUUGUUGAUGAGGACUAGGAUGGAGCCAAAGGGGCUGUGUAAUGUUGUGUCAUAUAAUACCAUCAUCACAGCAUUUUGCAGGGCACACCGUACUGGAAGGGCUUAUAAACUGUUUGAGGAAAUGGGUCAAAAGGGCACCAUGCCAGACGUGGUGACGUUCACUAUUCUUAUAGAAGCUUUUUUAAGAGAAGGUAGUUCAGAUAUAGCCAAUAAGCUUCUUGAUCAGAUGACAGUUAUGGGUCUGUUGCCUGACCGGAUAUUUUACACUACAAUAGUUGAUCACCUAUGUAAGAGUGGGAAGAUUGCAAUGGCUUAUAGUGUUUUCAGUGAUAUGUUAGAGAAGGGCAUCGCCCCUGAUGCUGUUUCAUUUAAUGCUCUUAUUAAUGGGCUUUGCAAGGCUUCUAGAGUGAGUGAAGCUAUGCAUCUCUAUGAGGAAAUGCAGAAUCGAGGAUGUUGUCCUGAUGAGGUAACUUUUAAAUUGAUAAUUGGAGGUCUCAUAAGGGAAAAUAAGCUUUCAGUGGCUUGUAGGGUAUGGGAUCAGAUGAUGGAGAAGGGCUUUACUCUUGAUGGAGCUGUCUCUGAGAGACUGGUUAAUGCCAUCCAUUCAAAAGAUGGCAUGAAAAUGCAAAAUGAGUCCAUUGUUAGAGGCACUUGUUAGUUGACGAUUACAUCUCAUCAAGCCUGGUCUUGUUUCUAUCUUGUGCCCUUUCUGGCAAGCUGCAAAAGAACUCAGACGCAGUUCAUCCCAAGAAAAACUGAAACAGUGAAAUUUUUCGUUGUUGUUACGGUAUUCUAUUUGAGGCACCAACUUUAAAGAUUGGACCUUGGAUUUUUUUGAGCCAGAUGUUUUUCAGAGCUUUAUGCUUAUCCUUGUACGAUUUGUCCCCCUAAAUUGACACAUUCUUUUUCCUUACAAUGGUAAAUGGUACUUUAACCUACUUUGUUCUUUUCUUUGUUGGUUGUAAUACAUACAUAUAACCUGAUACUGCUGUUGUUUAGAACAAUAGGUUUCAGGUAAUAUGAGUGGGUUUGCAAGAAGCAGACUACUGCAUGGUAAUUGGUUACCUUGAUUCUCUUCUCGGAGCACAUUGUUAUUGGUUGGUUCAUCCUUGUUAACAUUGGUUCAUCCUUGUUAAUCUCUCCAAAUUCGUCUAAGGAAAAUAAACAAAAGAGACACCUUAUGAAGAUUUCAGAACUACAUAGUUAUGUGGUAUCCCUUUUACUUUCUGGACUAUGAAGUCAACCCUCAAGUGUUAGGUGUAUGUCUAGUCUUAGGUGUUAUCUACCAAUAUAAUUCUGAAACAAUCUAGAAUUUUGGUUGUCUUUUUCUUUUUGAAGUAAUAAUAAUAUGGGAUGAUGCAAGUGGUCACAUUUAAUGCUCAUGAAUUUGCUUUUGACUUCUUGCUUUGUCAGUCUGAGUAUGUCGUGAUCAGGUUAGGAGGGAUAAUAAUUUGUGUGUUCUGUUGUCUCUGCUGUGAUGUUUGCUGCAUUCCUAGACAUUAGGAUAUGAAUAUGCUGAAUGACAUGCAAGUAACAAUUCUCGUAUUGUUUCUGCUCCUUGUUCUUCUCAUUUAAUGUCUCUCUCUGCCACUUAAAUCCCUUAUAAAGUUUCAUUUUUUAUUUUUUAGGAUGCACAAUGACCGUUCUUGGGAUAAUAGCUGACAUGCAUAGGCUGCGGAUCCAUUUUGAGAACGUUAGCGUGAGAACACUAUUGAUCAAAUUUGGGCAUGGGUAUGGCUUCUUAUGUGAUAUGCAGUGAGUGCCACCUACUGCAACUAUUCCCUCCUUUUUUUGUGUUCCUCUUUGGAGGGAGGUGUGGAGGUUAGGUGUGGUCUACUGAGGCAGAAUUAUGAAUGAGGCCAUUGUAUUCUUCCUUUGUAUGUAGGGAUUGACAAGAAAGAGCUGCUAAAUUUUAUGGCCAUGUCCUGCUCUGAAUAAAAGCGGAUUAAAGCAUGGAAGCUCGGGUUUCCUUUGCCAAGCUGGAGUGUUGAGGAUGGAAGAAAGUGGAGAGAACUUAAUUAUUACAAUCAUAAUGGAAGUGCUGACAAGUUGCCUUUUCAAUACUUGUGGCAUUUUUGUAGCUCGACUCUGAAUCACAAUCCAACAUCUUCUCUGAACGAGUGAAGAUGUUCUGAGGUCAUAAACAAUUUAACAUUGAGUUGUUUAUCAACAAAGAGAAGCAGGAUUUUAAUGGUUAGUAUUUGGAUUUUUGUU